AUGAUUAGAAGUAGGAUUUUGACACAACCUCACAACAGAGUUGUGAUUCAUCGUAUGUUGGCCUACAGUGGAAGAAAUGUCGGGUAAGUAAACAGUAAAAAAUUUUUCACUUAUGCAUUUUUAAAGCUAUUGUUAAUCAAAAAAUUAACAAAAUUCUUAUAAGCCUAAGCCUAGAAGCCUUAGUCUAGUAGUCUGAUCCUAGAAGCAAAAGUCUAAAAGCUUAGGCCUAGAACCCUAAGCCUAAAAUCGCAAGCCGUGAGGCAAAAAUAAGUUAAUUUUGAAAAAUAUUUUUUAAAUUUUAAUGUAGAAUACGUUGGCUCUAUGUUUUCAAACCUAAAACACAAAGCCUAGAAGCUUAGAAUUUUCAAACCUCAAGUUUAAAAAUUUAAGCCUAAAGGCAUCUUAUCUUUAGUCUCAGUCAUAGAUGUUAGUUUUGAUAAUCUUUAAAAAGUCAGUGUAAAAUACGAUUUCUCAACAUUCCAAGCCGCGAAGGAUGUCAUAAAACAUAAAAAUAACUGAUUCUCCUUUACAUAGAAAUCCAGACUAGUCAUCGUUAGGCUAGUGUUAUUACAAAACCUAAAGUUUUUGGCUACAAAACAUAAUUUGCAAAAAACGAAAAAUCAUCUUUUUUAGCGAAAAAGCCGAUUUUUUGUGACAAAAUUUCUCAAAGAUAAACAAAAAGGAAAUAAUAUUACACUUGGCGUAAACAAAGAUCAACCUUUGUAAUAUUUAUAAGCCUCUUGUGGCUGUUUUCUUAACACAAGGUUUAAGUAUUUCUUAUCGCAACGUUUCGACGAUAUUUAAAGUCGUAUGAAAGGAAGAAGAGAACGUUAUAGGCAAACAGAAUGAAUGAAUUGUUGUUGGUUUUGUUUCUGCUUUUGUAGUUUAGUAAAUUCAAAAGUGUUUUAGUCUUAGAUGAAGGAUAGUCAUAGUGUUAGCUUCAGGUUUCGCUUUAACUUUAGCAUAAUUUGAAGACUGUGCGUGAGGCUUACAUACGUCUGUACUUAAACACGAGUUUGAACAUAAAUCUGAUCCUAAACUUCAAAGUGAACCUAAGCCCUAGACGGAGCUUGAGCUUGUGCUUAAGUUAGAGCUUGUGUUUGAGUCUAAGAAUAAGGAAGAGCUUGCAUCUAAGUUUGAAGCUGAUCCUAAGCUUUAGUCGGAGGAUAAGCUUGAGCAUAGACGUAAGCCUGCGCUUGAUCUUAAGCUUGUGCUUGAGACUUAGGCUGGGCUUGAACCGGAGCGUGUGCAUGAGCCUGAGUCUGAUCCUGAAGCUGAUCCUAAACUUUAGUCGGAGGGUAAGCUUGAGCAUAAACCUAAGCCUGCGCUUGAUCUUAAGUUGUGCCUGAGCCUUAAGCUGAGCUUUAGCCUGUGCAUGAACAUUCAGCAUGAGCCUGAGUCUGAUGAGCUUCAACCCUUGUCAUAAUUUUACAUUUAGCUUCAGUCUUAAAGCCCUACUUUUGGCCUUAGCUUUGUCAUUAUUAUUAUUCAACCACUAUUUUUCCUAAACCUAGUUUAAACUUACUUUAGGUUUAUCUUUGCUUUAUCACGCACUAUUUUAAAAAAUUAAUUAGUCAAGAAUAAGCAUUUUUAUAAUUUCAUGUCUUCAGAAUGCCAAAGUACGAGUUGACUUACUUCAAUUUCCGCGGCCGUGGUGAGCCAAUCAGACAGAUCUUACACUAUGGAAAGGUGCCAUUCGAAGACACUAAAGUCACCAUGGAGCAAUGGGGAGGUAUCAAGGAAGACAAGAAACGUAAGUUUUAAAUUUUUUUAUUUUUUAUUUAAAAAAUUUGUAUUUUUAUGCCUAAAAUGACAUUUUUUCUUAAAAUUUUUGAAAUUUUAGGCUUAAUUUUACCCUUUUCCAGGUUUUCCCUACGGCCAAAUGCCAGUGUUCUCAAUCGAUGGUACUUUAAUUGCCCAAAGUCACUCAAUUACUCGUUAUGUUGCGGCUGUUGCCAAAGUUGCGGGCAAAAACUCGGUGGAAGCGGCCGAAAUCGAUCAGGUUUACGAGCUAUGUCGCGAGUUUGCUGAUGCUAUUACUCCAUAUCGACGUGUUUGCUUGGGCUUUUUGCCUGGUGAUAAGGUGGGUUACUGUAUUUUUGUAUGAGAAAUAUUUUUUUUAUUUUGUUUUAGGUAGGUCAUAUGAAAAAUAGCAGAAAAAGAAGCUUCAACGAAGCAAAAAAAAAGUUUUGUCGUUUUUUGACUAUAUUUUGCUAAGUAAAAAACGACAAGAUUUUUUUACCGUUUAAAAUUGUCUUUAAAACCCAUUUCUAACCAUAUUUGUUAAAUUUUAAGAAUUUCGUUGCAGGACCAAAUCUACAAAGAAGUGUUCGUACCAGCGGUCGAAAAGUACUGUCCCAUGAUCCAAGACCAUAUUGGUACCAAUGGUUUCCUUCACCAAGGUGGCAUCUCCUACGCCGAUUUCUACUUUUCUGACCUCUUCUUGAGUCUUCAACUCAUGCAUCCAGCCAUCUUUGACAAAUACCCAAAACUGGUCGAAUUGAAAAGGAAAAUGCUCGGUCUGCCUGAACUUCAAGACUACUUUAAGCAGAGAGGUGAUCAACCAUUUUAA